GGAAGUGAACUGCACUUCCUAUUACUGCUGUCUACUGACUAAACCAGAAAUCGAGAGGAUGAGAAACGAAAGGAACACGUUUGACGCACGGUUUAUAAAUGGAUAUGAGCAGUAAAUGACACAGAUUCUGCGGUUCGGAUCCAGUUGUGCGCGCGGAAUGGGAGCGUCGCGCGUGCGGGCGGCAGUUUGAUAAAACAGCGACUUCUCAAAGUUUUAUAUGUUGGUGGCUGAAGACGAUUCAAGAUGAAGAAACAGUUCAACCGCAUGAAGCAGCUCGCCAACCAGACCGUUGGCAGAGCAGAGAAGACCGAAGUACUGAGUGACGACCUUCUUAUGAUUGAGCGGCGCCUUGAAAAUGUGCGACUGGUCUCUCAUAAUGCGCACAAGAGGAUGGUCAUGUGUCUGCAGGGUAACGUGGGCUCAGAUGUGGAGAAGAGACAUAAAAAGCUUCCUCUCACAGCCCUUUCACAAUCCAUGCUGGAUGGAGGAAGUCAGCUCGGAGACGAGUCCCUCAUCGGGAAGAUGAUGGAAGUGUGUGGAGAAGCUGAAAGCAAACUGGCCUUUGAGCAGAGCCAACAUGAAGUUCAGCUGGAGAGAGAUAUUCUAGAGCCUCUCAACCAGCUGGCGGAGGUGGAUAUUCCUAACCUUUUGAAGCAGAGGAAACAUUUAGCCAAGCUUGUGUUGGAUUUUGAUUCUGUAAAAGCCAGGUAUCAGCAGGCCACAAAGGCGUAUCCAUCAGCUGCAAAUGCUCAAGCAAUGGCUGCCAAAGUUGACACAAUUAAAGAGGAGAUGGAUGAAGCUCAGAACAAAAUGGAAAUAUGCAAGGAUCAACUGGCAGCAGACAUGUACAACUUUUCCUCCAAGGAAGGAGAAUAUGCUUGCUAUUAUGUGUUGUUGGUAGAAGCUCAAGCUGAAUACCACAGAAGAGCUUUGGCGUCCAUCGAGAGUGUCCUGCCCAGCAUACAGUCCCAGCAAGAUAAAUGGACAGAGAAGCCAGCGUUUGGCACGGCUCUGGAAGAACAUCUGAAACGCACUAGCAGAGAGAUCGCUCUGCCCUUAGAGGCCUGCAUUAUGAUGCUAUUGGAAACCGGCAUGCAGGAAGAGGGUUUGUUCCGUAUCGCUGCUGGAGCCUCUAAACUGAAGAAGUUAAAGGCGGCACUGGACUGUUCCACCUCCCAACUGGAGGAGUUUUACUCCGACCCUCAUGCUGUAGCCGGAGCCCUCAAAUCUUACCUGAGGGAGCUGCCUGAACCUCUGAUGACCUACCAGCUGUAUGAAGAGUGGAUCCAAGCCUCAAAUAUCUCUGACCCUGAUAAGAGGCUUCAGGCGCUGUGGGUGGUAUGUGACAUGUUACCAAAGGCCAACAAGACCAACUUUAGGUACCUGGUGAAGUUUCUUGCGAAGCUUGCUCUGGAAAGUGACGUAAAUAAGAUGACAGCGAGCAACAUCGCCAUCGUACUGGGACCCAAUUUACUGUGGGCCAGGACAGAGGGAAGCCUUGCUGAGAUGGCAGCUACUACCUCCGUCCAUGUCGUGUCUAUAAUAGAACUGAUAAUCAACCAUGCAAGCUGGUUCUUCCCUGAAGACGUGGACUUCAACGUUUCAGGCAUGUUUGCUAUGCCUGGGUGCCCAGGGACCCCUGACUCAGAAUCUGGAACCAUAGACAGGAGGCGCCCAGGCAGCCAGGGGUCGCUCGAAUCUGACACAUCCCGCAAAGACAGUUACAUCACCCGAGAUCCUGCAUCCACACCCCCUGCCAUGAGGAACGGACCAGGAGGUUCGAGCAGGACGCCCGCUCAGCUGAAUGUGGGGACCCCGACCUCCGGUCCUAAGGGCCCCAGUCCAUUCAUGACACGCAGAGGUACAAAGAAACAAGCGCCGCCACCUCCCAAACAGGCCGCCCCUCCCACACCUCAGAGCGUAAAAGCGGCUCCUAACCAGCCCUUAGCCCUGAGCUCCCCUCAGUCUCUCAUUGCAUCCCGUCGCAACAACCAGACCCCCAUCCAGGCCCCCAGCCACCCUCCUCCUCAACCUCCUUCCCAGAGCACAGAUGAAGCCGAACCGUCCCCUCCCAGAACGCCCACCCCUCCCGGGACACCUCCUUACGACGGCUCCCAGUCACGCCCCAGGCCCACCCCUCGAGCGCGACCCAAACCCAGCGGCCCGCCACCACCCCAACCAACUAGCGACGGUGCCAAUGGUGUCUGUGUUUCUGGAUCCAAGAUUAUCUCAGAUGGAGAUGGAGAUGGAGAGGAGAGAUCUUUGACGGGACUAGGGCUGGAUCUUGUCCCGGAGCUUGAGGAAGAUGAAACCACAGAAACACUCCCAGAAGAUGAACACCAAUCAGAAAACACCGCCCUGUGAGGUGGGCGGAGUCCAGUCUUCACACAGCCAAUGGAAAGCUAUGUUCGUAAUGGAAUACUAGCAUACUUACUGCAUAGUUUACUAUUGUUUUUAAGGAUGUGAAAAUAUUCAAUAUGAAAAAAACAUUUUAAACAUGACCUUAUGAGUAAAUAUAGGUAUUAAGCAUUCAGAUUUAAGUUAAAAAAAAUGUUUUAACUUUUGUGAGAAUGAUCAAAUAAGGAGUCAUCGCAGUUGCUUCUGGUUCAAACGUCGCACUGGAAAUGGAAGGUCAAGUCGAUGCAUUGCAUUGUGGGAUAUGGUACCCAGCACAGUGUGCGAUUAUAGUAGGUCAUCUGGGUAUUCGAAGCAUACAGAAAAUGUGUAUGCCAUCAUGCAAAGUAUACAUACAGCACAAGUAGUGAACGUAGUAUGGUAGUAUGCUAUUCCGAACAUAGCCAUUCACUUUAACCAUUGACCCCUACAGAAAACAAUACAUUUACACAAUCUCUCUGUCCUCACAAUGCUGGCACAUUGUAACCAUAUACCAGGGGGGAAAAAAACAGUACGCACAUGUAAACAUGCUAUACAAUCUUGAUUUCAUUCACAAAUGGCAUAAAGCUGGUUUGGGUUCUAAUCAAAUAUGAAUGUCUUUUGAGUUUUGUGAUGUUUUGCAUAACAAGUGUUAUAUAUGUGCCUUGAAAACCCGUAAAUCAAAUCACUGAGUUUGUGUGACUGACGUCUUUUUGUUGGUUAUCAUGGUGAAUGUCCUUUAUUCAAAUGUAUUUUAAUCAUUCCUUUUGUCUUUUAAUACUUCUUUUAAGAUUGGACAAAAAUUGGAUUUAAAAAAAGACGAUUCAAAAAUAAUGGUUAUGCAGAUACAAUUGAUUUACUACAUGCAAAAAUAUGAUUUGAACUUUGAAGUAUUUUUCCUGGGGUGCAAUACCGACUGCAAUGUAGUGUUAUGACAUUACAGUCGUUUUUGUGUUAGUUUAGUAGUUUUUAACAAUUGUAAUUAUGUUUUACAGGGUUUACUUUAGUGGAGUAUGUACUACCGAGUACCAUUAUCAAUUUACUCAUCUACUGUUGUCCAUUAAAAUAAACCCUGCACAUACUAUUAUGAAAUACUUCAUUCUCAAAAUGACCAAAGAUGCUUUUUGUUUUUUAAAGUGUAUGAUCCUGUGUCAGAGCUUUAGGGGGUUGUUUCAUGUUGUAUGUGAUGCACAACAUUAAUGUGAGAAAGGGCUAAUGGAUCAGUCAAGCUCAGGAACAUUCAUUCCUUUCAUGAAUGAGUAUGUGUCUUUAUUUCUGUGGAUAUGUUAUCUUGAAUAGGCUUUCUUAAUUGUACAUAUUGAUUUUUUUUUUUUUCUGUUUCACCCCCUUUUGUACGCGUGUGUGCACAUUUCCUCCAUCUGAAUUCUCGUUCUUCACGUUCUCCAGUGCCUCGGAUGAACAAAUGUUGUACAAAUUCAUUUUUUCAACACAGUAGCUGUUUUCCGAUUAUAUAUCUAAUAAAAUGCUUAAUUGCAG